AUGGUCGAAGGAGGCGUCACCAUCGUCAAAUAUCUAUUGUUUCUAGCGAAUUUAGUAUUAUGGGUUGGCGGACUGUCACUUAUCAUUGUCGGAUCGAUUUUACAGCUAAAGUUUGAUAAUGUGUUAGAUAUAUUAGGUGAUGAAAGGUUAGCCACACCGAUCAUACUUCUGGUGAUUGGAUCUCUUUGCACACUUCUCGGCUUUCUUGGAUGUUGUGGAGCGAUUCGAGAGAACUACUGCCUUACUGUAUCGUUUGCAGUUCUUCUCGCGCUUCUUAUUACCUGUGAAAUUGCUGCUGUUAUUAUUGGAUAUGCACUGCACGACAGUUUCCGACUGGGUAUUUCCAAUCAACUUCAGACGGGCAUGGUACGAUAUCACGAGAGUCGAGGUGUCGAAAGUGCCUGGGAUAAAACACAUCAGUUAUUUGAAUGCUGUGGAGUGACGAAUUCAUCAGAUUGGCUCACUUUCACAUCAAUUCCCGACUCGUGUUGCGUCGAAGAAAUGGAGGGAUGCGUACGGGAGAAUGCUCCACUGUUCGAAGCCGGAUGCAUUCACAGUGUUGAACAAUGGACACUCAAAAAUGGAGCGAUGGUUGGUGGGAUCUGCGCAGUGUUGGCCGCCAUUCAACUGGUUGGAGUCUGUUUCGCUUGUUGUCUUUCAAAAUCAAUUCUCAAGGAUUUUCAUGAUUUUUAUUACUAG